CUGUAGGAGUAGGAGCCUUCAGACUCCAGCCAACAUACUCAUCAUCAAUCUAGCUAUUAGUGACUUCCUGAUGUCCAUUACACAGUCUCCAGUUUUUUUCACCAGCAGCCUCUACAAACACUGGAUUUUCGGUGAAAAAGGUGCAUAUGUUCCUGAAGGUUUGCUGACUUCCUGUUCCUGGGACUAUAUGACUUUCACACCAUCAGUCCGUGCCUACACAAUGCUGCUUUUCUGCUUUGUCUUUUUCAUUCCAUUGAUUGCUAUCAUAUACAGCUAUGUCUCUAUCUUUGAGGCUAUCAAGAAGGCCAACAAGUCUAUUCAGACAUUUGGAUGCAAAUGUGGACAUAGAGAGUUCCAGAAACAGUAUCAGAGGAUGAAAAAUGAGUGGAAGAUGGCCAAAAUUGCACUGAUUGUCAUCUUGUUUUUUGUCAUUUCCUGGUCACCAUACUCUGUUGUUGCUCUGGUAGCUUUUGCUGGGUAUUCCCACGUCCUAACACCUUUCAUGAACUCCAUACCAGCUGUGAUUGCCAAAGCUUCUGUCAUCCAUAACCCCAUCAUUUAUGCUAUCACUCACCCCAAGUACAGAAAAGCCAUUGCAACAUAUGUUCCUUGCCUUGGACCCCUACUGAGAGUUUCUCCUAAAGACUCACGGUCCUUCAGCAGUUACCACUCCUCCAGACGAGCGACUGUAAGCAGCCAGUCUUCUGAGAUAAGUGGGCUGCAGAAAAGAAAAAGGAGACUGUCUUCUCUCUCUGACAGUGAAUCAGGCUGUACUGAAACAGAAACUGAUACUCCCAGUAUGUUCUCCAGACUUGCCAGAAGACAAAUUUCCUACAAAACAGAUAAAGACACAACUCAGACUAGUGACAUAAGAGCCAAACUGACAAGCCAGGAUUGUGGGAAGACAGUUGUAGAUGCUGAUGACAUAUUGAUGGUGGAACUGAAUGUCACAGAGUACAUGGCUACACCUACUCAAACAUCUAAAACAUGCAGCUUGGAGGAAAUCAAGAAAAGUGAAAGCCUGAACAGCAUUGGACAAAGAAGAGAGUUUCACCAGGGAUCAUCUUCAGCCCAGAUACCCAGUAUUACAAUAACAUGCAGCAGUGUCCAAGGAGUAGAGCUGCCUUCUAGAUACAACUCCGGUUUCCUGUACCCUAAAUCCAGCAGUCACAAGCAGAACAAGAAGUCCAGCAGUUAAGUGAGUGGUGCAAGCCAGAAUAUCACCUUAACCAACAGCUCUGGAACAGCUGUGGACUGGCUGAAUCCAGAAUACCUUCCUAGAUUGGUCUGAAAUGCUCCUACAAUGACACAAUACAAGACAAGCAAGGAUAAAAACACGAGGAGUGAUGAUUUCAACAUCAGAACUCUCUCCAGGGGAUGACAUCUUCACCUGAGUCACACUGUAAUUUUAAUAUUUCUUCUUUAUGCAGCUCAUGAAGACAUUUAUUUCAUUUGGAUUUUACUCUGCUUACA